AGCCGUUCUCAGAGCGUCGGCCCACCGCCCGACGAGCCUCGCUGGCUGAGGCGCCAUGACCUCGGUGUCCGUGCCGCGCUCGGACUCUGAGUGGUCGCAUGGCGCCUGGCCGCGCCUGCCGAGGGAGUGCUCCGAGCGGUCGGUGCGCUCCUCGAGGUCGCCGCGGUCGACGAAGACGUCGGCUCCAUCAGCGUCACCGACCUCGCCGGGCCCCCUGGAGAGCUGCGCGAACCUGGACGCGCUGCUGCGGGACCCCGUGGGGGCGCUGCAGAGCCUGGGCUCGCGCGAGGGCCACGCGGCCUUCGCGGAGACGUACGCGCUGGCCAGCCUGCAGGCCGGGACGACGGCGCUCACGAGGUGCAAGAGGAUCAUGCGGGACCCGGCGGAGCCGGCGCCGGCCAAGCUGGCGGCGGUGCGGCUGCUCGAUUUUGCAAUGUCGCUGGAGGGGGACCUGAUGGCGAAGGCGCUGGUGUCCGAGCUGCCCUUCUUCGAGGCCCUGGCGAAACGGAGCGCGGAGAAGGACAAGAAGAAGCGCCGCCCCAAGAGCAUGUUUGAGCACGGCGUGAGCGAGAAGGAGGUGCUCGAGGUGCUCAGGGCGGUCCUGGAGCUUCUGGACAAAUGGGGCAGGCACUUCGAGGAGACCGCCCCGCCCGAAGGUUCGGCCGCGCACGAGAUCGCCGCAGCGCGGCAGAGGCUUGCCGCCAAGCAAGUGCUACUGCCGCGGCCAGCCUCCUAUCAGCACAUAGUCCCAGGCGUGCACGCGGCAGUGCCAGUGCCGACCAUCGCGGCGGCGGACGAUAGCGCGGUGGAGGCGGCUAGCAUCAGCUCGGAUCCCUUCCGCAUCGCCGUUCCUCCUUGUGGCAGCGACCCAGGGGGGUCACAGGUUUCGGCGAAGGGCGCGCCCAGGGCCACCGAUCCAGAGAAGGCUGUCCGGUUCUCGCAGUCUACGCAGUUCGGGACGCCCAGCGCGUCCCCCACGUCGGUGUCUCCCUCGAACGCGUCCCACGCGACGAGUCGGCGCCGGCGGCGGGAGCACACCGACCACACUGCCAGCAGCUUCGAGGCCUGGGGGGCGAACGAGAGCGCCAGGUCGAACAGCGUGCCGGCCUGGCCCGAGGAGCUGGGCGGCGGGGCAGACGCCGUCGAGGAGGCCGACGCGAGCGCGACAAAGGCCGCGAAGGUGCUGCCCAGCUUCGGCCCCUUCCGCUCCGGCCCCGCCCCUCCGAGCGAGGAUGCCCCUGGCGCUGCCUGCGACGACCUCCAGCGGCAGAACGACGCGCUGCGCCGGCAGUUGAAGGAGCUGGGGGGGCGGCUGGACCGUGCGCUGCAGGCCGAGGCCAGCGCACGCGGCCCCUCCCUGGCCGCCCAGCGCGCGGACGACCAGGCCGUCUGCGUGUCCCUGCGGGAGUGCAACUCGCGCCUGCGGGCCGACCUCGAGCAGAGUCGCCACGAGCUGCAGAGGGCCACCCGCCGCGCCGAGGCGGCGGAGGGGCGCCUGGCGCAGAAGGGGGAGCUCCUUGCCGAGACCAAGCGCCGCUUCUGCGAGGCCCAGGGCCGCGCCGCGGAGCUGGAGCAGGAGGCGAGCCUCCUGCGCGCGGAGCUGCGCGGCGCGCCCGCGCCCCGCGGUGCACCGGCGGGGCCGCCGUGGCACGCGGGCACGCCGCGCGGCCCGGUCGACGCGCCAGGGCCUUCGCUCUGGAGCAGCUCGGCCGAGCGGUGGCGCCGCACCCCGCGCGUCACGAGGCCCCCGGGCGCGCUCGCCUGGCGCAUGCCGCCCGCGGCGCACGGCGCAUCCCAGCAGGUAGACGCGUGCUUCCGCAGCUUGCUGGCGCAGCCACAGGGCGUCCUGUACGAGGACGAGUCCGUGGCAGUGCAGCUGUCCUCGUGCGCGGCCGCCAGCGACCAUUCGGCCCUCGUGUUCGAGGUGUGCGUCACCUCGCACGCAGGGCGGGAGGCGCAGGAUGUAAGAUUCGACGCCGUUGAGCAAAAUCAGCUCCACUCGCGCCUCUCCUUGGAGCCAAGCGCGGCGCACCCCUGGGGCAGCGGUGCUCGUGCGCGCGGAGUGCAGACGGGGCAGAGAGCCAUGUUCCGAGGGAGGCUCGCUGUCGCUGGCCCGUUUGACUCCUCCGUCCACGCGGAGCUGUCCUACAGGCUGCCCGGUGACGCUCUCGGCGUACGAGCGCGCCUCAGGCUCCCCCUCGCGGUCACGGGCCUGAUGUCUCCCAAGUACAUAGGCUCCGAGAGAGCGCUCCAGGCGUGGUCCGAGCUCGCCAGCAGCGAGGUAGCCGUCGUGUGCUGCGUGCGCGCCUGUCUCCCGGGGCCGGGCCCGGUCUGGUCCUGCCUCCAGGUGGGCGGCAGGCUCGCGCGGCUGGACGGGCUUGCGGGAGGCGGCGGCGUCGGCGGCGGAUGCAGCCGCGCGCUGUUCGCUGCCUCGUUCCACCAGCGGUCGGGCCAGGCGGACGCGCUCGUGCUCGCGGAGCUGGGCGAUCGCCGCGAGUGCCGCCUGGCCGUGCGGUGCAACUCGCAGCUACUGGGCAGAGCGCUUGCAAAGGUCCUCUUGGACGUCCUCAGCGACGACACCGAGGCGCCAGGGCCAGCGUGACGCGGCGCGAUUAGUUACAGCGCUCUUCGCUGGGGGGGCUCUGCAGCGUGGUGUCGGCCACGACCGGGGAGAGGACAACGUCUGCAACUCGUGCUCUCUCCAGUCGACGGUUUGCGCAACAAGGACCCGCAGAGCGAGUCUGUUCGGAAGCUGAAGGGUAGGGGCCGUAUGUCUCUGCCACCUCUCCUCCUCCACCUCCUCCUCCUCCUCAUCCUCAUCCUCCUC